UGAGACACGAAGUCCCAUUUAAUAUCACAUCUAUCCUAUUCUUGAUCACUGGGAUAAUCACCACGUGUUUGACGACGAUUUGGCGCUAGUAUAGAAUCCAAAAAUGGCACUAGUUUAUCUUAUUAAUAGUAAUUUUAGUUUUGUAUUGAAUACAUUAUAUUGUAAAUGUAUGACAAAUAUAAAAAGAUUUGUAACGGAACACAAUGUUAUGAGAUAUUCCAAACAAGUUGGUGCAAAAAAACUUGAGAAUUAUAAAUCAUUUGAGCAAAUGCUUAAAUUCAGACAGAAUGAAGCAAAAAAAUGUAUUUUAGUAAAGAUACAUAAUAUGAAAUAUAUUAGUGAUCUUGAAAAAUUUUGUAGACAUUAUGCAAAUAUUGUAAACAUUCUUCCUUAUUCUGUAACGAAUAAUAAAAAUUUUGUAUUAAUGGAAUUACAAUCAGCUGAAGAUGUACAAAUAUUUAAAGAUAUAGCUGCCUUUAAAACAGAUGUAGAAUGUAUUCAAAUUGUGUCACCAUUAUUUUCAUUUGAAUCACGAAAUAAAUUCAGUUCAUAUCAAUCAAAAGAAGAUAUUACCUUAUAUUCCAACUUUAGAGUUCCAAAGUUAGAUGAAGUCAGAAAAUCACUGGAACAAGUAGAUUCUGUAUCAGAUCAAAUGGUAUCCCUAUACAAUGGUUUAAAAAUUACAGAUUUAGAUAUAAGGCUGAGAUUUUAUACUGCCAAACAAAUGUCAUAUUACUUAUCUAUGUUAUUUCCCAAUGUACAAGUGGUACCAUUUGGAUCCUCUGUUAAUGGGUUUGGUCAAAUAGGAUGUGAUCUUGAUUUACUAUGUAAAACUAUUAUGGAUCAUAGAAAAGUUUUAAAUGACUCCAAAAGGUUCUUUUCUAUAGCACGAAAAAUCCCUCUUAUAGAAAGAGAUGAACAAAAAGAAUUCUUAGAAGUAGUAGCUACAAUAAUGAAAAUGUGCAUUCCUGGAAUCAGUAAUAUAAAAAAGAUUCUUGAAGCUCGGGUUCCCAUAAUUAGAUUUUCGAACGUAUAUACAAAUAUGAUAUGUGACCUUAGUAGCACAAACACGGUUGCAUUACACAUGUCCGAGUUGUUAUAUAUAUAUGGACAAUUGGAUUGGCGCAUUAAGCCACUUAUUUUCACCAUUCGUAAAUGGGCAAGAGAUAUGAAUUUGACAAAAAUAUUUCCAGGUCAAUGGAUAACAAAUUUUUCCCUUACUUUGUUAAUUAUAUUUUAUUUACAAACAAAAAAUAUAUUACCAUCUAUAAGCACCUUAAAUAAAUUUAUAGAACUCGAUAAGAAAACCAAGAAAGCAACAAACUCUAAUUUUAAUUGGUUUGUAAGCUGGCAAGGAUCCAUAAAGCAUGUCAAUGAUGAAAGUUUGCUGAGUCUUUUAUAUCAUUUUUUUGAAUAUUAUAGUACUUUCGAUUUUAAAACGCAAGCAAUUUGUAUAAAAGAUGGAAAAUUCAAACCGAAAAAUGAUUUCUCACCUCUUUAUAUUCAUAAUCCAUUUGAUACAACAUUAAAUGUCAGUAAAAACGUUAACUCAACUGAACUAAUACGUUUGAUAGAUCACUUUCAAAAAGCAUUUAAUAUAAUGUUAAAUUCAGCUGAAAAAGACAUAAUUUUGAAACUAAUUAAUUUAACACCAAACCAAACAACAACUGAUUAUAAAUUUAACGAUGAAGAAACACAAAUGAGACUUAAGCAAAACCUUUUUCCAACCAUAACUAAUAUUAAUAAUUUGAACAAAAUACAAGGGAUUAUAAUAAAGUAAUAAUAAAUAUGGCAUUUCAUUUCAAAUUAAUUUAUUUGUAACUGAUUUUUCUAAACUUCACCAACCUGUAAAUAUAAUUUUGAUAUUAAAAAUUUUGAAAUUAGGAGAUGGAUAAUGCAAAAAUCAUCAUCAUGUAUUUAUUCUUAAAUUUAAGUAGAUGUAUGAAAAAUAGAAUAAGUAUUUGAUAGAAAAACUUUGAUAGCGAAAAAAGAAAUGAAAAAUGUAAAUUUACUUCUAUAUAUUAUCAAAGCUAAUAAAUCGUGCGUUACUUUACUUUAUUAAGAUAAAAAUGACAUAAUUCAGAUUACAAUCUAAAUACUAAUGUUAUAAUAUCAUAUGUAUAAAACGGAUAGAUUUUAUCGGAUAGUAGUGUAUAUAAAAUCAGCAAGUUUUUAUAGUCAGCAAAAAAAAUUGUAUGACGUCUUCAUUUUAAUAUUUUGUAUUAUACCUCAUAUCUUUUUCUUAAAUCUUAUUAAAAUUUGGAAAUAUAAGGCAAACUAUGUUGGAAAAACGUAUUGCACCAGUUCUGUAACGUAAAAUCAUGUUAGUAAAUCCACUGCAUUGAAUAAUGGAAAUAUCUAUCGAUAAUUAAACGAUUUUUAUACUUCAUAACUUGUAUAUUUCUCUAUAUUAUCAGCAAUUCGAUAUUUUUCAUACAUAAUUAAUUGUGUACACUUACUAUAAUUAUAACUCAUGAUCUGUACGAAGACCGUGAUAUCUUAAUUUUUUAACGAUUGUAUUUAACUUUCACGAGGAACCUUCGUUUUUCGUGGAAGCUAAGUAUUGUGUAUUUCUAAGGAAACGAUCACCUCAAUAUUUGACACGUGUAUGUAAUUGUAAAAACAUUUAUCGCAAUUAUACUCCUAUAUAAUUGAAGUACAAUUUCAGACGAUGGAUCCUCGUGUGUUUGGCAAAUUACAAGUACACUUGUAAUUAGGCUGUCUUUUCUUAUCAGGACAAAAUGCUGUCACUUCGAUUUUCCAUGUACAAUCGACGAUUCGUUCAUCGUUCAAUUAUAGGGAUUGAGUGUACAUUGUAUUUGUUAUAUAUAAAAUUUGAAUUUGUCAUAUAUAAAUUCUAAUUCUUCUUUUUUUUUUUUUACGAUUCAAUUUCAAUCGUUCACUUUACAAAAUCCAUUCCUCUUAAUCCAAUUCUAAUUUCAAAUUAAAGAAUAAUUAAACACAUGAUUUGAGCAGUAUGGGAAA